AUGGCUCUGCGUCAAGGCGUUCACGAUAGUUCUCUUCCUGCCAUAUGCUUGGAACUGAAGAGAGCUGCCAUAAAUAUCGCAGGCAAUGACAAGGACAAGAAACCCUUUCAUGAAGUCCUUCACAAGAUCGGCACGACUAAAGUCGCCACUGAUAACAAUGCUACAGCCUCGGUUGAGAGUGCUUACUUCAGGGAUAUCACGGAACAGGACGUCAUCGACAGCAUACGGGAAGUAGUUGACGCUCUGAAAGACUCAAGGGGGCCGACGAGAGCGGAGGCGUGGCUAAAGAAGCUGAACAAUUUUGUGCUCCAGGUGUCUCCGGUAGUUAAAGCGGCGGCAUCAACUGAGAGCGGAGCUUGGCCUGCGUCAGUUGUUUGGGCAGCGAUCAAGGUUAUACUUCACACAACGGACUACGACGCGGUGCAAAGGGGAAACCCCUCGGCUCUGAAAGACGAGAUUCACCCUUCCUCAAAAGUUCCCAGUCCCGCCAGGCCUGCGUUCGAGGGCAUUGUGGUAUAUCUUACAGAGGUUUGCGGUAUCCUCCACUCUAAGUCUCGUGCUUUCCUCAAAGGCAUCACUACGGAAGACUUCUCUACCGCGAAAACGAAGUUGGUGCAACAAUUCCGCGCCGCAGAAUUCGAAGGUAUCGCGCAGAGGUUUAAAGAGGCCUCACAAUUUCUUCGUGACCAUGAGAAAAGUGAGGUAGAAUAUCGUCGACAUCAGGAUUUCCUCGGUCUGUUGAGCCGUUUGCAUUUCGUCAACUUCGACGAUGACUUGUCGCGGAUGGUCCAGCCACGACUCAAGGACACAUGUGCUUGGACGUUGACGAACCCUACCGUCAGGACGUGGCUAGAUGCCGAUACCGACUCCGGGUCCGAGGGAUCUCGUCUUUGGCUCUAUGGUGGACCUGGGAUAGGGAAAAGCACAUUGGCUGCAUAUCUCGUGGAGCAAUCUCGUGCACAACGAACGGCGGAUGAAGUCGUACUGUAUUUCUUUUGUGACGCGAAGGAUCCCAGGAAACGAGCCUCAGCGCCCAUCAUCAAGACAUUAUUGGCGCAGAUCUUGACGAUGGAGGAUCGAUGCGCCUACAUGGAUGAUAUUCAGGUACUCUUGAAGGCCAUCUUGAGCAAAUCGCACGACUAUCCAUUCUCAGUGAUCGACUUAGGUUCGCAUCUCGAGACGAUGCUUAGCUCUUUCACAACAGUACGCAUUAUCCUCGAUGGGAUAGAUGAAUGCGACGACGAGGUCACUGCUGAAGGCGGUCUGCUAGACCUAUUGGAGUCCUGCAAUCGCAGGGGAACAAAGCUCCUUUAUCUUAGCAGGACUGAGACACAUGUUUCCCGGCGAACCAAAUCGUGGCCGUCUCUUCAUAUCGGCCAGACCGGCACGACAGAGGUUGAUUUGCAGAGAUAUGUCGGUGAAAGGCUAGAGCAGCUGCAGAAGCGUGUGCCACGUAUCAGAAACAGGCAAUCACUAGGAGACGAAAUCUAUCAUGCUGCAGCCGGAAUGUUUCUCUAUGUUCGUGUCAUCACGGAUCAUAUUGCUGCCAUGCCAAACCCGACAACCGAAGAGGUUAACAAUGCACUUCACCAUUCCUCCGCUGGCCUUGACCAGAUGUACGAAUCUUAUUUCGAGGUGCUGUUCCGCAGGAAUAAAGGCAUGGACAAAUUGGGCGACAUCGCUAUCCGCACGUUACAGUGGAUCCUGUUCACAGCAAAACCACUGCAGCUCCACGAGCUCAACGCUAUGCUUGCGACAGAACCAGACUAUGAUGACGCGUUGCUACACCACGACAUACAAGAAGUCCUCACACGGUCCCUUGGGGUUUUGAUCGACUUCGCUCAAGACGAGACAGGAGUUUAUUAUGUCCGUCUUGUACACCAAUCCCUCAAAGAAUUUCUGACACGGCACCGAUCGAGCCUCUGCACAUCGCCCAUCCUGGAAUCCCUCUUCCACUACCUUCAACCAGCAAUUGCAUGCUGCAAGCUCCUUCUGACGUGCAGCAUCAUCCUGGCUUCUCCGAGCUUGCUGUAUACUUUACAUCACCAACGCCUUCACAUCGAGCUAGCAAUGCUGCUUGAGGCAAGCCAAGGCAGGGCAGCUACUCUGGCUGUUCAUCGGCGGCUCCAUGACACUGGCCUGUAUGCAAUACGAGCGUCAUCUUCCUUUCAAACGUUGCCAAUCCUCGACUGUUUCCAACGGUCACGCGCUUUCACUCAUCUUCUUGUAUCGCACGACUCGGACAACAUCAUACGUAAAUAUCGAGAGUACAUUUCGCAGCUGCAAUGGUCCGAAGACAAUGUCGACACUAUUUUUCCGAGAUUCCUGAACCUCACCUCCGAACGUCUAGAGGCACUGUACCUCAGCCUCCAGUGCGUGGAAAGCCCCACAGCUCCUUCGUUCCAUUCUUUUCCAUCGCCGAACCCACCGAAGACCCUUCCUGCAGUUGAACAUUGCAUCCGCCACCUCUCGUUUUAUAUAUCAACCGCAAUUACUAGCGAGAAUCAUGCUGUCUGCAUUGCAUCGCUGCUGGCGACGUUAUAUGUCAACCUGGAUCGAUGUAGUCAGUCUGCACUUCGCGUGAUCGAUGAUGUGUCUGUCUCAUGCUCGCAAGACUCUCGCAGGUUCGAUACUGUAACCCAUGCGACAGAGACCGUCGAUAUUGUCGAAACCCUGCAACUCUUAGUGACAUCCAUCUCCACCUGCAAUGGACUCUCUGGUAGUCCUAAAGGCGUCUUGACCUGCUUGCAGGCAGCUGAAGACUUGUCUAACCUCGCGCGAAAGAUUAUUCCCUGCCAUGAUCGCUUCCUCGACACUGGAAUUCAUGAUGUACUCGAGCAUGAGCUUUCGAGCUGCAGCUUCACUGCUGAUGAUGCCGACUUCGUCUUCGUUCUCGUUCACUCCUUGGCCCAUACAAGGGCUGUCUUUCGAUCAUUACAACGCUUCGAUCAGCAUGUCCAAGUACUCAUCGGAAUGUCGAAUCUCUUGGAGGCAAUGCAGAACAUUCAGAACGACCUCGCUUGGCUUCUGGCUGUCAAAAUCCACCAAUGUUGCCCUUCAGCACAGAAGGCUAAGAUCAGUCAGCUUGUGUCCGCGGGGAGGUUUGACAUCCCGGGGCUUGUGUCUACUCCUUCCCUCGACAGUGACACAUUGCCAAGCGGCCCUAGAGGGCCAGCAUUGUUCUUUGUGGACCAAUCCAUAUUGACACCCAUGUUCAUACUCCCGACAUGCAUCGUGCUCCUGUUCUGCGUCUUCUCGAAACUGCCGCCAGCACCCUCCCUAUGGAUCAGUAUUGCACUCCAAAUGCUGGUUUCGUAUGGUCUCGAACGAGGGUGUACGAGACGCCUCGCGGAGUAUUACCUGCUGAGAAGAUUGGCUCGCUCAGUACUAUCUAUCCUGAUUCUACUUCGAUUCGUCUGGACCAUCCUUUUUGUAGGCACGAACAUGCUCGGCCUCAUUCUCGCAGUAUCAUCGCUACUUCUCGCUCAUAUCCAGAUACACCUCGCUGUUGACGUCUUGUUGAAAGACUCAGUCACGCGACGUAGGCCCAUACUCCAGGGGUUCACUGCACGUCUCCACUUCGUUCAUCCUGACCUUUUCAAUCUCACGAGGUUCAUCUUCACGACGUUGGCCCCGGUCUGGAACGGUAUUGCGUGCGCUAUCACCCAGGGUCAAGGCGAUUUGGGUGCUCUUCUUGACUACACCUCAGCUAUCAUUGUCAUGAGUUGCACCCUUGACUUCCUCGAAGACCCCGGCAGAUGGCAUCAUUCUGUGUCCAAGUUGCAGGCAAUCAAGACGGAACUCAGUGGACUCGGAAGUGAUGUCGUUUACUCGGGACAUGUGCAUCGAGAAAACUUGCAGCAUCACUGGCACCAGUCAACGAUCGAUUUUUAUAAGUAG